GAACAAACGAGGCCCAUGAGAGCUCCUCCUAAUUCGCAGGAUAAUAUCCCGCAGCAGAAUUCGGAGUCAGCAAUGGCUAAACCCCAGGUGGUUGUGGCUCCUGUGUUGAUGUCUAAGCUGUCUGCGAACACUCCUGAGUUUUACCCAUCAAGUUAUUCUUCUAAUUACGCAGACUCCUAUGAGGACUGUUGUGAAGAUUAUCCCACUUUAUCAGAUUAUGUUCAGGAUUUUUUGAAUCAUCUUACGGAGCAGCCUGGCAGUUUUGAAACUGAAAUUGAACAGUUUGCAGAGACCCUGAAUGGCUGGGUUACAACAGAUGAUGCUUUGCAAGAACUUGUGGAACUCAUCUAUCAACAGGCCACAUCUAUCCCAAAUUUCUCUUACAUGGGAGCUCGCCUCUGUAAUUACCUGUCCCAUCAUCUGACAAUUAGCCCAUAGAGUGUCAACUUCCGCCAAUUGCUACUUCAAAGAUGUCGGACUGAAUAUGAAGUUAAAGAUCAAGCUGCAAAAGGGGAUGAAGUGACUCGAAAACGAUUCCACGCAUUUGUACUUUUUCUGGGAGAACUUUAUUUUAACCUGGAGAUUAAAGGAACAAAUGGACAGGUUACAAGGGCAGACAUUCUUCAGGUUGGUCUUCGGAAGUUGCUGAAUGCCCUCUUUUCUAAUCCUGUGGAUGACAACUUAAUUUGUGCAGUAAAAUUACUGAAGUUGACAGGCUCAGUUUUAGAAGAUGCCUGGAAGGAGAAAGGAAAGACUGAUAUGCAGGAAAUUAUUCAGAGAAUUGAAAAUGUGGUCUUAGAUGCAAAUUGCAGCAGAGAUGUAAAACAGAUGCUCUUGAAGCUUGUAGAACUCCGGUCCAGUAACUGGGGUAGAGUCCAUGCAACUUCAACAUACAGGGAAGCAACACCUGAAAAUGAUCCUAAUUAUUUUAUGAAUGAGCCAACAUUUUAUACAUCUGAUGGUGUUCCUUUUACUGCAGCUGAUCCAGAUUACCAAGAGAAAUAUCAAGAAUUACUUGAAAGAGAAGAGGUUUUUCCAGAUUAUGAGGAAAAUGGAACAGAUUUAUCGAGGGGUGGUGAUCCGUACUUGGAUGCUAUUGAUGAUGAAAUGGACCCAGAGAUAGAAGAAGCUUAUGAAAAGUUUUGUUUGGAAUCAGAGUGUAAGCAAAAUCAGUAA